AACACACUCACAUACACUCACACACACACACACACACACACACACACACACAUGCACACGCAAAACACAUAAUGAGCAUGCCUGUGGUUCUACUCGCUUCCCUCCAGGAGCCAAUAUGAGGCGAUGUGGUCUGUGCGAUGGGAGUGAAGCCAAGGAAGACAGUUUGUUUGAAGCCAUUGGCCAAAUUCUACACAAGUGUGGACCUCUGCCUUCAUAAGGACCACAGCAUGAAAUAAUGAAUUCAGGUGCCACAGCCACUCAUAUUGGCAGUUUACUCAAAGAGUGCAGAUUGACACUGAGAUUAGACUGCAAGAGGCCAUCUCGCUGGAAGCACACUUACUGUACAUGAAGUUCAAUGAAGUGAAUUGGUGAAGGGUAAAAAGUCAGGGCCAAACAGCCAUGUUGUCAAAAAUAGCAGUGGGUCUCAUCCUGACGCUUCUAAUCCUACUGACCAUCAGCGGCAACAUGCUGGUGUGCCUGGCGGUCUGCGCCUCGCGACGCCUCCGCUGUCUCACCAACUGCUUCAUUGUGUCACUGGCGGUGACCGACCUUCUGCUCGGACUCGCCGUCCUCCCCUUCUCGGCCCACCUGCAGCUCACCGAUGACUGGCCGUUGGGCCCGGUCUUUUGCAACUUCUACAUCUCCAUGGACGUCAUGCUCUGCACUGCCUCUAUCCUCACCCUGCUGGCCAUCAGUAUGGACCGCUAUUUGGCUGUGACAAUGCCCCUUAGAUACAGCUCUCUGGUACUGCCUUGGAGAGUAUUUGUGGCCAUGGCGAGCGUCUGGACCGUGUCGGUGGCCGUGUCCUUCUUGCCCAUCUACAUGGGCUGGAACACCGUCAAUGGGACAGUGCAAAACCACGGCCCACGGGCUCCUGAGAGGACGUGUCGCUUUGAACUCAACAGGCCUUACGUUCUGACCGACUCCCUUCUCACCUUCUACUUGCCUCUGCUGGUCAUGUGCUGGACAUACCUCAGAAUACUUCGCAUCGCACGCGCACAGAUCAAGCGCAUCAUUAGUACUCGGCCCACGUGUGUCACCACUUACAGCUGCAGGAGCCACCAAUCGGCCAUCACCACCGUCGCCUCCGGUGUCCCAGCGUCGGCCCUGCGGGAGCACAAGGCCACGGUGACGCUCGCAGCAGUGAUAGGGGCCUUUGUGGUGUGUUGGCUGCCUUAUUUCAUCCUGUUCACAGCGCUGGGCCUACAGGAGAAUCCCGACCCCAACAAAGUUCCAGAAUUUUCCAUUGUGCUGUGGCUGGGUUACACCAACUCAGCGCUCAAUCCGAUCCUCUAUGGAGCCCUCAACAGGGACUUCAGGUCCGCCUACACGCAGCUACUGAGAUGUCGAUGGCCAACAUACAGUGGGUGCCAACAUUCUCCUGCCACAGUAACUAUAGCAGGCAGACAACAGCUCAUGGAGGUGACGCUUCUGUGUGGACACACACCUUCCAGCUGCAGGGCGGGUCAAACAAGUCAGAACUUUAUGCUACAAGAGUCACAUAGCCGGACGAACACAACCAUGACCCAAAUUGCGAACGGCACAACUGCUACAGAUGUCAAUGACAGUUAAAAGGUCAGAAGCCUUUUUCCUGCUGAGGUUACCAAGAGGAGGCAGCCAUUGUAAAACUAUUGAAGUGCACUGACCUGAUGUACAGUAAGUACACAUUCAGAUGUCUGCGCUCAGCACAGUCAGAGAUACUUUACCAACAGUUUCACACCCUGCUAUUGUUACGUUGCUAAGACAAUGUGUGCAACAUGUUGACCAUGUGAUUUGUGUUUUAGUUUUAAAGCAAUAAAAUGUGAAACAUUUCCACCUACAUCAGAAAUCAUAAAGUGACAGACAUAAACACGCAUGCACACACCCACACGGUGUGCUGCACCUUCAUUAGCUAAAUCUUACUAAUCCAAUAAGACCCAAUACAAAACCAGUUUUGUCAUAUUCAAAAAUGUAUCAAUUUAAUAAUGACUAUUAGUGUAUAGGUUACGUUUGCAGUGGUGAAGAACUGUAUCAUACCGAGGGAUCCAUCCAUCCAUCACACCUCUUGAGGCUUAUAGGAAGCUGAGGUCCAUGAAGCUAAUUCACCCCUGGACUGGCCGCCAGUCAAUGACAUGGCACAUUAUAGAGACAGACUACCACCUACACUCACAUUCACAGUCACUGAACGCAUGCUGCCUACACAGAUGUCAGGCGAAUGAGUCACUGCAACAUCAGAGACUACAUA